GAUCGGGUCCUGCGAUGGCCUGUUUUCCAGUGCAACGUGAUUUUGCGAUGAUGAUGUUCCAGCGUCACGCGUGAUUGCGAGGCCGCAGUGUACAGCGCAGCUGCGUGGAUUCGCGACCCAGUUUUCGUUUCGAGCUCGCCGGGGUCGGCAACAAGCGCAGCUCUCGGGAGGUGUUUUUAGGGCUUGCGUGGGAGGAAGUGAGGUUUCUUUUAUUCUAUUUCUUUUCCUGGUCAGCCAUAGAGAUCCAUGGCCUGGCAACCAGGCCCUGGGUUUGAUCCUUAUGGUGCGCAGCCGGGGAUGCAGCCGGUGAUGCAGCCGGGAAUGCAACCAGGGGCGCAAAGAUCUAUGCCCCAAGCUCCCGUUGGGCCAAACAAUCCAUUGAAUGACGUCUUUUAUGGUGCCGGGUCUGGAAUUUUGGGUACUUACCUGGGAAACAGCAAAGACUACGUGCAGAGCAACGUUAGUAGAUACUUGGCAACUCACGACAUUCAGUACUAUUUUCAAGUGACAGAUCAAUACGUAAAGAACAAGCUCAAAGUUGUUCUCUGCCCCUUCCUCCACAAGGGCCAUUGGACUAGAAUAGCAGAGCAAGUGGCGGGGGGUUUGAAAUACAAGCCUCCCCGUCAUGAUAUCAAUGCUCCGGACCUCUACCUCCCUCUCAUGGCUUUUGCAACGUACAUCAUGCUCUGCGGCUUCACGCUGGGGCAGAUGGGCAACUUCAAACCAGAUGUGAUGAGUGGGCUGGUGACCAAAGCGACACUUGCAUGGUUCCUUGAAACGAUAUUACUGAAGUCACUUGGAUGGGUUUUAGGAACCGUAGAUGCUCCGACAUUAGAUAUUGUAGCGUACGGGGGUUACUCUUUUAUCGGGGUCUCUUUGUCCGUGUUUGCGCACGUGUUCUCGACCUAUGCUUACCACAUUACAUGGAUUUAUACGAGUCUCUGCAUGGCGAGCUUUCUGGUGAGAACAAUGAAGCGCUUGUUGUUUGCGGAGGCAAGGAGGUACGACAGAGAUUCAACUCGACACCACUACCUACUUCUUCUGAUUGCUGCGGCCCAGUUUCCUCUUUUUUACUGGUUAGUACAUGUGAGAUAGGAUCAUCUCGGUCCCCUUGUACAUUACGUCUUUGCAUUACUGCAAACAGAUUACCUGUUAUUCAGCAACAGUCCAUUUUAGUUUUGAUGAAGACACACUUCAGGAAAGAGUUUUUCUUUUUUGUUUAGUCUAUGAUUUCUGGAGGUAGUGCCACUCCCUAGUUUGACCUUUAUCUUUUCUUUAUGUGCGGUUUCACACGGAUGAUCUACUUUGGUUACCCAUUGCUCUUU